UUUGUGAUGGAAAACAUCGUUAGUCGUUUCGUUGCCGAAUUUUAGUGUUGAAAUAAAUCAAGAUUAAUAAUCGGUUUUUAAAAGUGAAUUUUAAAAAUACGUAAAUACAUUUUAUUGUGAAUUAGUGUUAGUGACUAAAUCGGUGUUAACGGAUAUCGAAAUGUUUGUUGUGUCCUUCUAGUAAUAGGCUCUGUGUUAAAAUCUAUUGGAUUACGGUUUUGGUGUUUAUUUAAUUGUUGUGAACUACAGGAUUGGUGUCUUAGUAAAGGCACAUCGAUGAGAUCUCACUAGGUCUCGGACGAGCGUCGCCACGCUGCUUGGAUUACUUACUUAGGGGCGGUGUGUGAGUGUCGCACCGCCAUGUCUCAUCACAGCGACGAGCAGGCAUUGCUCGCAGUCACCUCGGACUCCUUCUGGGAGCCGGGCAACUACAAACGUACCACCCGACGGAUCGACGACGGCCACCGGCUAUGUGGUGAACUGCAAGCGCUGGUGCAGGAGCGCGCCGACAUUGAGAAGACAUACGCGAAGAGUUUGAGGGGAUGGGCUAAGAAGUGGAACGAUCUAAUUGAAAAAGGUCCUGAAUAUGGCACAAUGGAAGCGGCAUGGAAGGGCGGCAUGGUGGAGGCGGAAAGGCUAUCAGACCUACACUUGGGGGUCCGCGACAGACUCGUCAAUGACGUCAUGACGCAAAUAAAGAACUGGCAGAAAGAUACGUAUCACAAGUCAAUGAUCCAGCUAAAAGAACGCAAAGAAAUGGACGAGGCAUUCAAAAAGGCUCAGAAACCGUGGGCGAAACUACUACAGAAGGUGGAGAGGACCAGGCUGGAGUACCACACCGCUUGCAAGCAGGAGAGAACGGCACAGAACCAAGAGAGAAACGCCAGCGGGGAUAGUUCGUUAAGUCAAGACCAGAUGAAGAAAAUGGGCGAGCGAGUGGUCAGGUGCCGCGAGGAGGUGUCGAAGAAUAGAGAAAAGUACCAAGCAGCCCUGGCUGAGAUCACGGCGUACAACCCUCGCUAUAUCGAGGACAUGAGCGGUGUCUUCGAACGCUGCCAACAGAUGGAGGCGCUGAGGCUGACGUUCUUCAAAGACGUGCUCUUCAGCUUCCAUAAGUCUCUGAAUAUUAGCCAGGAACCAUCGUUACCACAAAUAUACGAAGAGUUCCAUCACACGAUAAACAAUGCGGACCAUCAGAAGGACUUGAAAUGGUGGGCGAACAACCACGGCAUCAAUAUGGUGAUGGCGUGGCCCCAGUUCGAGGAGUACACGGAGGAGUUCCGGGACAUCGCGAAGGGGAAGUCGAAGGAGAGCCUCCCCACGGGGCCCAUCACGCUCCUCAACCAGCGCCCAGUCAGCGAGGACGAGUUGCCACCUAUCAACGCGAAUAAUAAGUCAAGCGGUAAAGCUCCCAAUCAUACGGAGCCGCCUGUCACCAACAACACAGUGGUCAACAAUACGAACAGUACGACUGCUAACAAUACCAUAGACAAGAAAAACAUCAGCGCGCCAAUUGCCGUCACGAACGGCACUGCGUCGGCGCCUAAAUCGAAUAAGACCUCACCGGCCAAGGAGUCGGCCAAAGGCGGGGAGAACCCGUUCGAGGAGGAUGAGUGGGAUGAGGAGUCGGGCGGAGCGCUGACGGACACCGGCGAGCCCGGCGUGCCCGUGCGCGCGCUCUACGACUAUACCGGCGCGGAGAGCGACGAACUCAGCUUCCGGCAAGGAGACCUAUUCGAGAAAUUAGAAGACGAAGACGAACAGGGCUGGUGCAAGGGACGGAAGGACGGACGCGUCGGACUCUACCCCGCAAACUACGUAGAGCCGGUCGGGCAUUAGCGUGCCCGCAGUCACGUGUCCGUGUCGCCACGACGUCGCCAAUGUUUACCUAACAUUUUACUCUUAUAUACACACUUAUAUACUGUACAGGAUUGGUUGCAAAGGGUAUACUCAUAAGUAUGGAUGUAAAUAGUGGUUACAAAGGUUUAUAGAAACCCUAAUAUAUAAAUAGAAAAGAUAUGGAUGUAAUUUAAUUAAAUCAGAUAUCACAACUUUAACGUGAAAUAACUAGUUGAUUAUCUUCCUUCCUUUAUACCAUUUGUUUUAAAGUCAGAGUAAUAUUGAUUUUUAUGCGUAAAAUUAGGAAUAAUUACGGGAUCUUUAAACGUUUAAUUUAUUCUCAUUGAGUUGCCACUAUUUCGGCAGUGUUACAAGCGGCCAUGAUCACGUAAUGUCGGGAACUCAAAAAAAAUAAAUAAAAUGUAAGAUCCCGUGAUUUUUUCUAGUUUUACGUAUAUAUAAUGUUUUAUUUUCUAUUACCAGGACCAUACUAUUUUACGAUCAGACGCUCGCUUGUCAACUCUCUUUGAGGCUUUAUGGAUUUAGAAACCAAAAACAGCAUCACUGAUGAUACCUGAGUAAAAGAGAGAAUAAGCAAUAAUUUUUCUAGUGACAAAUAAUUUCCAUAUAAAUUGAGGCAACUAAAUCUUCUAUCACUGUCAUCAUGUUCAUCUGUCUAUGAGUAUACCACACUAAAACUGAGUAUUAAUCUUUUUUUUUUAAUUCACAGUCUGUUUGAAUCGAUUUUCUAAUUUGUAAAGUUACCACACAAUUUAAUUGUGGUAAUUCCGAAAUAUUUGACUAUUUAUAGAAUUAACUGUACACUGAUUUAAAUUACAACAUUUUGAAUCUACAAAUGUGUAAGUCAAAAUAACUCAGUACUAUCCCCCUUAUUAAAAGAAAUGUCAAAUGUCUACUAAAACUAUUUUAGCUAUUGGGCUGUUUUGUCCUGUUACAUCAAAUAUGGUUUUCAUUUGAAAGAAUGUGACAGAACACAAUUGUUGUAUGCAAUAUUAUUUUUUAUUUAUACAGAACUUUAGUUUUAAAUAUACCGAAAUGGCGCGUCGUGGCGUUAUAAAGUACUGCGUAUGGCUGGAUUCCCUGUAAAAUUAGUUAUGUUUUAUAAGCGCGAGUCACGCUGUAGUCAUUGUAUUAUAAAUCUUACGGAGGAUGUUAUUAAGUACAUAAUAAAUUGCUUAGUUAAUCUGAACACUAAGACGAAACAUUACUCGAUAUAACCUCAAAUCGAUUGUGUAAAUCGGUCGCGUGUCAACAUUCUUAUGAAGUUAUGAUAUUGGAUGCGAACCGGAACUUAUAUCAAUAAUUACCGGAACUAAAUUCAACGAACUCUAUCUCUUUUUGAUCUAUAUUAUUCUAUUCAUCUUUCUCGGAGAAUUUUUGCAAACUUUGAACCCAAAUUUUGUAUAUUUCUAAAACUUGUGAUGUACUAAUGCAAAGCGACAUUGUACCGAGACGCGUCUGGUCGAUAUUUUUGGAUAAAUUUGUUCGUAGGUACAACGUGGAACCAAAAAUGUUUAUUUGUAUCUGUUUAUAUUCAUUUUUACAUUAUACGUGUAAUUUACGUGAUCGUUCGAUUGCGUAAGAUUUUUUGGCUAAUUCAAUUAUUUAUAAACUUAUUUAUAUUUUUUUUGAAAUAAAAACAAUUAUUUAAUACAUACAUAAUUAAGUAAUAUAACAAAACUUGUUACAUCGAAUCUUAAAAAGGCUAUAUUGCUAAGUAAGCUCUAACAAAUAUUCGUAUGAUGUACUUUCAAUUUAAAUAGUCAGCUACAACUGAAAUUCCUCACUACUAUGAUUCAUGAUAGCGAAAACGAUUAUGGGCGGCUGUAACCGUUUGCCAUCUACCAAGUCGUAUACUUUAUUAACUUUAUUGUUGUGUAUAAGAAAGGAUCUAUACCUUUAGAAUUAUUUUUUUAAUUUAUUGAUGUUCCGUAGCCAAUCCUAUUUCUUUUAUCUAGUAAAUAGCGGCCGAAAAUAUGCGCAACCGAAUGUACACGUAUGUAGGUAGUCGCAUGAGACACUGUCCUAAUUUCUAGAGACCCGGUACCAGCCGGCAAGGAGCCUAGCCAAGCCAAAAAGUAUAGGCCAAUAAAUAAUGUAGGUACACCUAACGCUUGGUGACAAUGGGUUAUAUUGUGAUAGAAGCGGUUGGUUGUCACCGCACUACAAUAGGUGUGGUUUAUGUACAUAUACACGAAUAUUAUGUUCUCGUGCAUAUUUAUUUCCCAUUGUAUAUAAUGUAUAAUUGUAAUGUGAGGCGGUUAUUACACUAUCAUAUAUUAAAUAGAUCAUUCUAUCGAUUUAUGCAGUUGUCGAGAAUUUUAUCUGUAAAAUGUUUUAAGAUAUCUUGUAUAGGUAUUAGAAAUAUAGUGAGAUCAUUUUACGUUUAUAUCAUGUGUUUGUAAAAUAUACGUUUCAUAAUAUGAUAGUGUAAUAAAGCCCGAGUAUAACGGGGCAGGGCGCGCAGCGUGCCGCUCGUCGACUGAAUGCGGGCCUAAUAUUUUUGUACGCCCAAUGUUUGAUUUCCGCGCUGAAUGCAGCGUUGCUGCGUGACCGCUGAACUAGCGCCCCCUCGUUGUUAGGUUAGAUCAGUGUUUUUCAAACUGUGGUCGCGACCGUUAAGGGCCACGGUGGGUUGCGGGUAAAAGAAAGUAGAUUUUUUUCACCACGAAGGUUUAGAGGGGGACUGCGUAGAGGUCGACCUGACUGACUUACCUGAAGACACCUAAUAUCUCAAUCAAUUGAGCCAUUGGAAAAAAUGGGUCUAUUUUGGCCAAUCCACUCUGGAUAGACUAUAGUUUUCGUCUCAGGCUUCAGGUGAUCGCCUAGAAUUUCAACUUACAAAGGGGUCGCGUAUUCAAUAAGUUUGAAAAACACUGUGUUAGGUAAUAUUAAUAAUUAAUAUAUUAUGAGAAUGUUUACUUUUCCUUUUAUACCUCGUUUUAAUUGUUGUAUAUGUAAUUAAAUGCGGGAAGUCACUAGUGGAGGCUGCGUUUUAUCACUUGACUCGUGAAUAUUGUGUCAGUCCUGUAGUUUCAUUAGUCGUAGCCACUUUGUUUUUUUUUCUGUUAUGGGUUCAGAAACCUCUUGCAAAUUAAUUGUAUUAUAUUAUUAUCAGAGAGAGGGUGGUUUAGGACCACAUAUGUUAAUAUAUUAUUAAUAUUGGUAAAAUAAAUUGUUACAUAUGAUA